CUAGCCAUUGCUUUAGCGUGGCCAAGGCAUCAUCAUUACGCUAGUCGCUAGAUGCGGCGGCCUCUCAUGGCCAUUCUGCUCGUCUUCCUCCUCUGCCUCUUCAACAUCGCGUCCGCCGCGGAGCGGAACCUUGUAGAUAGCCUCCCGGGAUACGAGGGUGCUCUCCCUUUCCGCCUGGAAACAGGGUACGUGAACGUGGACGAGAAGAAUGGGGCGGAGCUGUUCUACUACUUCAUCGAGUCGGAGGAUGAUCCCCGCCGUGACCCGCUCCUCCUCUGGCUCACCGGCGGCGACCACUGUACCGUCUUCAGUGGCCUCGCCUUUGAGAUUGGCCCAGUCAAAUUCAUCAGGGAGCCCUACAAUGGCAGCGUGCCUCGGCUGAAGUACAAUCCGUACUCUUGGACAAAGGCUGCAAACAUCAUAUUUGUCGAUUCACCCGUCGGCGCCGGAUUCUCCUUCUCACAAGAUACCAAGGGCUACGCUGUUGGGGAUGUAUCGUCGUCUCUGCAGCUCAAAAUAUUUCUAUACAAGUGGUUCGAAGGGCAUCCGGAUUUCCUUGCGAACCCUUUCUAUGUUGGAGGGGAUUCCUACGGGGGAAAGAUUGUACCAUAUCUUGUGCAGAAGAUUACGGAAGAUAUUGAAGCACAAGUCAGGCCUGCUCUUAACCUUAAGGGCUACCUAGUAGGAAACCCUGUUACAGGUGAGAGCAUUGACACCGAUUCCCGAGUGCCAUAUGCUCAUGGAUUUGGGAUCAUUUCAGACCAAUUGUAUGAGGCCACACUGGAGCACUGUAAAGGAGAGAGCUAUAGCAACCCGACAAAUAUGAUUUGUGAUCAAUUGCUAAAGAGAGUCCACGAACUUCUGGGUGAAUGUUCAAAGCCACACAUUUUGUAUAAAAAAUGCUUUUAUGUUUCUCCUGGACAAAACGAUGAAUCUCCAAGGAGAAUCAUACUGAAGAAGGAAAUCGGAGGAUUAAAACGUCCACCACCUCGCCCUCCAAUGGAUUGCCAGAACUACGUAAAUUAUCUGUCAUACUUCUGGGCAAAUAGCAUGGCCACCCGAGAUGCACUAGGUAUCAAGAAGGGUAGCAAGGAUGAGUGGGUGAGGUGCCACGAUGGCGACCUACCAUAUUCGAAGGAUAUUAAGAGCAGCAUAAAGUACCAUCGAAAUGUUACAUUAAAAGGUUAUCGUGCAUUAGUUUACAGUGGGGACCAUGAUUCUGUCAUACCGUUUCUUGGUACCCAGGCCUGGGUGAGAUCACUCAACUUCCCUAUUGUUGAUGAGUGGAGGGCUUGGCAUGUUUAUGGCCAAUCCGCAGGGUUCAGUAUAGUCUAUUCGAACAACUUGACCUUUGCUACUGUAAAGGGUGGAGGACACACUGCACCAGAGUACCAGCCGGAGAGAUGCCUCGCCAUGUUCAAGCGGUGGAUUUCCAACAAGCCACUUUGACCAACAGUUAUUCUAGACAAAUUUAUAUGCUGGGCAGCAACGUAUGUGCUUGUUUCUGAAUUUUCAUUGCACAAAAUUUCACAUAUAUGGAGUGAUAAGGUUGUCCGUACCAGUUCGUCAGCAGGGCUUCCAUGAGACACUCUCUCAUGAGCAUAGCAGUCUUUUCCAAACAAUUGUUCAAAUGACUCUUUUCCAUUCUUAUAUAUUAAAUUAUUUAAGAUGAGCAAAUGUAAUCUUAGAAGCAAACAGUUAUUCAAGAAUAACUUUCCAGCCACGUAUGAACAAGCUAUAUUGAAUGGUCUUUUUUUUUA